AGUCAUUAAGAAACACUUCCUUCCAUCCGAUUCGUGGAGGGGCGAGGCCGUUAGACGCUUUGGGAUUUAAUGUAAAAGCAACAUGAUGGCCGUCACGUUGUUAUGACAAGGGAUACGUCAAAUUUUUAACGUUUAAAACAGACUGGACCGGCGCUCAUCAUAUCUGCCGAUUUAAUUUCGGUAUUUAAACAUCGUUCCUGCAUCCUUUCAUGUACACUCAAACAAUAAAAAUGCCGGUCCAGAAGGAUUCGAACAUUGUGAAAAUUGCUGUGACAAUGCAGUCACAAAUGACGGACCAAGUACCACAACUUAUUGAAUUUAAUCAAAAACAUCCGUUGACUGGAAUUAUUCAGGAACUAUGCAAUGGUUGGGGUCUAUCUGAUCCUGAAUCAUAUUCAUUGCAAUUUACUGAAAAUAACAAUCAAAAUUAUAUCACCGAGAAGAAUCGCAAUGAGGUGAAGAAUGGCAGUAUCCUGAAAUUAGAAUUUUCUCCUUCCAAAACAGCUAGUGAUAUUCUGGUUAAGCUUAACAAUGGAACUCUAGCAGAAAAAACUGCAGCUUUGCAAAAGUUGAUUACACUCAGUACAGAUAUGACAUUUGCAUUCGAAUUCAUUAAUAAGCAAGGACUAGCUUUAAUUAUAUCACAGGUGGAAGGAGAGAAGUAUAAAAGCACUGCACUAGCAUAUUCACUUCAGUCAUUUGUCGAACUCAUGGAUCAUGGAAUUGUUUCGUGGGAUAUAUUAGAAACUCCUUUUAUUAAUAAAGUAGCAAGCUAUGUAAACAAUCAGGCUACAACUCAAGACAUCAGUAUUGUUGAAGCUUCGCUUAGUAUCCUUGAAAAUAUAGUACUCAAUUCGUCUGGAAAGUAUGCACAAGUUGAAAAGGAAGUAACAUUUCCCAAUUUAGUGAUGCAUUUGCAAAGUAUGAGUCCACAAAUACAACAAAAUGCAAUAGCCUUGAUAAAUGCCUUGUUCUUAAAAGCUGAUUUAUCCAAACGUAAGGCAGUUGCAGCAACCCUUCAAUCAAAACAAGUUAGAAAUGUGUUUUUAACAAACAUCAUACAGUCAACUGGCCAGGUUGGUGCAGAAAUGGCACAUCAGUUAUAUGUGUUGCAAACAUUAAUGUUAAGUUUAUGGGAACAACGAAUGAUGACAAAAAUGGAUCCCCAAGAUCAAGAUGCACAUGAUAAAAUUAAAGAGCUUAGGAAAAUUGCUUUUGACACUGAAGGAGCGCUUAGCGGGGAUGUGACAGCUCGUAAGCAGGGUCUUUAUGCCAAAGAUUAUAAAAAGUUGGGUUUCCAAUAUGAUAUUAAUCCUGCUUUGGACUUCACUGAAACUCCCCCUGGAAUGCUUGCUCUGGAUUGCAUGAUUUAUUUUGCACGUAAUCAUACAGAGGCAUAUACUAAAGUUGUUUUGGAGAAUUCCUGCAGAGCAGAUGAACAUGAAUGUCCAUUUGGUAGGACAAGUGUGGAACUUGUUAAAUUACUGUGUGAGGUGCUACGUAUUGGGGAAGCUCCUAGUGAACAAGGUCAAUCAUAUCAUCCCAUGUUCUUUACUCAUGAUCAUCCGUUUGAAGAGUUUUACUGCGCAUGCAUAGUUCUUUUAAAUAAGACUUGGAAAGAGAUGAGAGCUACCACUGAAGAUUUUGUAAAAGUAUUUUCUGUUGUAAGAGAACAAAUCACUAGAGCACUUCAGAGUAAGCCUACAGGGUUGGAUAAAUUUAAAAACAAGUUACAACAAUUGACAUACUCAACAAUCACUAAUCUUUGGCAACAAGAAAGGACUAAUAGGGAAGAGGGAGAAAGUCAUGCAAGACCAAUAGUUGAACUGAGGGAACAAAUUACACCUGAAAUUGUAGAACUCAUUCAACAGCAACGUUUAGGUUUCUUGGUAGAAGGCACUAGAUUUAUGAAGUAUGGCGCUAGAGGACAGAGAAUCAAAGAUAAAUUUUGGUACGUUCGACUAUCGCCUAACCAUAAAGUAUUCCAUUAUGGAGAUUGCGAUGAGAAGUCGGUACCAACGAUUGAUGAGCUUCCUACGAAGUUGGCUGUUGUCGAAAUUCGGGGUUUACUCACUGGUAGGGACUGUCCACACAUGAAAGAUGUACAACGACGGAAAAACACGCAUCAAUUAGCUUUUUCCUUAAUUUUGGAUUCUGUGGAUGUUUCGAGUUUAGAUUUUGUCGCGCCCGAUGAACAAGUUUUCGAUUACUGGACUGAUGGCAUUAAUGCUUUAUUAUGCAAUAGAAUGACCAGUAAAGAGGCAGAAAACGAUUUGGAAACGUUAUUAUCUAUGGACAUCAAAUUAAGACUUUUAGAUGCAGAAGGAAUUGAUAUUCCUCAGGAUCCACCUGCUGUUCCUGAUCCACCACCAAAUUAUGACUUCUGUUAUGAAUUAAAGUGAAAAUUUAUUCUCGCGUUCAAUGUUAUUUUAACAAUUUGACGCGAAUCUAUGUAGGUUUAAAUAUCUGCCAUACUUAGGACUAUAAUCACAAUUUUUAUACAGCCAAUGAAUUUGAAUGUUUUUUACUAGUAUUGUGAUUACAUAGUACGCAUGGUUUUUGAUAAUAUAAAUUGAAUUGCGUCAGUAUAUUAAUUAAAUUAUACGAGAAACGCAGUGGUAUUUUACCAAAGAUAUAUUUUACAUUUUACAUAUACAAAUUAUAUAUAAAUCUUUUAAAAUUAUUUGUAUAUACGAAUUUGAUACAUUGUUUGUGCGAUUAUAAAAACUCGUGCCGCUUUUUUAGUAACACUUUUAAUGAGUAAACUGUAAUCGUAAUGGAAUAUUAUUUAAAAUCAUGUUUAACGUCGUUUACUUUAUAAAUAUUUUGUAAAGAUUAUUAUAUAUUCGAGAGAGAUGUAAUAAAUUAAGAAGUGUAAGUUAA